AUUUUAAUGCAUACUUUUAAAAUUCUUCAUUGAUUCCUUCAGGUGGCUGACAGGAAAGAUUGUUUGCUUACUUCAUGUCUUUCUUUUUGUCUGUGUGUUUCCUAAGCAAAGGAAGUGACUGAUAAAUGUGCAGAACACAAAUUGCUCUGAAGGGCAUAAGAUUAUGAGAAAAAGAUGUUUCCUUUAAAAGACACUGAGAUGGGUGCCUCCACCUUCUUUGCCUCAGCUCUGCCACAUGAUGUUUGUGGAAGUAAUGGCCUUCCUUUGACACCUAACUCCAUCAAAAUUUUGGGGAGAUUUCAAAUCCUUAAAACAAUCACACAUCCCAGGCUUUGUCAGUAUGUUGACAUUACCAGAGGUAAACAUGAGAGACUGGUUGUGGCGGCUGAACACUGUGAAAAGAGUCUGGAAGAUUUACUACGAGAGAGAAAGCCAGUCAGUUCUUCAAGGAUCUUAUGCAUAGCAUAUGAGGUUUUGCAAGGCUUGCAAUAUAUGAACAAACAUGGAAUGGUCCACCGAGCACUCUCCCCUUGCAAUAUUCUUUUGGAUCGAAAGGGACAUGUGAAGCUGGCUAAAUUUGGACUCUACCAUAUGACUGCUCAAGGUGUUGAUGUUGAUUUUCCUAUAGGGUACCCAUCAUAUCUGGCGCCUGAAGUAAUUGCACAGGGAAUAGUCAAACCAAGUGAUCAUACUCAGUGUGAGAAGCCUCUGCCUUCUGGCCCUAAAUCAGAUCUGUGGUCUCUUGGUAUAAUAUUAUUUGAGCUUUGCAUGGGGAGAAAAUUAUUCCAAAGCUUGGAGAUAGCCGAAAGAUUGAAAUUUAUAAUUAUGUUAGGCUGUGUAGAUGAUAUUGUAACUGUAUUGGCUGAAGAACAUGGUUGCCUUGAUACUAUUAAGAACCUUUCUGAAAAUAUUAUAGCUCUACUGAAGAAAUGCCUUACAUUCCAGCCUUCUAAGAGGCCAACUCCAGAGGAAUUGCUGCAUGACAGUUUGUUCAGUGAAGUAUCCUCAGUAUAUCCUCUUUUCCACAAACCUGCUGGUCUGUUCUCAUCUUCUCCAAGGUGUGCUAAUUUAACGCUUCCUGAAGACAUAAGUCAAUUAUGUAAAGAUGAAGACAGUGAUUACCUAGCAGAAAGAUCAAUUGAAGAGGUUUAUUAUCUCUGGUGUUUGGCUGGAGGAGACUUGGAAAAAGAACUUGUCAACAAGGAAAUCAUUCGAUCAAAACCACCUGUCUGCACACUUCCCAACUUUUUAUUAGAAGAUGGUGAGAGCUUUGGGCAAGGACGAGAUAGAAGUUCCCUUCUAGAUGACACAACAGUGACUUUGUCUCUGUGCCAGCUCCGAAACAGACUGAAAGAUGUUGGUGGUGAAGCAUUUUAUCCAUUGCUUGAAGACGACCAAUCAACUUUACCUCAUUCAAAUAGUACUAAUGAGCUCUCUGCAGCUGCUAGUCUUCCUCUGAUCAUCCGGGAGAGGGACACAGAGUACCAGCUAAAUAGAAUUGUCUUGUUUGACAGGCUGUUGAAGGCCUACCCAUAUAAGAAAAACCAAAUUUGGAAAGAAGCCAGGGUUGACAUCCCUCCUCUUCUGAGAGGCAUAACCUGGGCUGCUCUGUUGGGUGUUGAGGGUGCCAUACAAGCAAAAUAUGAUGCCAUUGAUAAAGACACACCGAUUCCUACAGACCGACAAAUUGAAGUUGAUAUUCCUCGUUGCCACCAGUAUGACGAAUUACUGUCAUCACCAGAGGGUCAUGCAAAGUUUAGACGUGUAUUGAAAGCCUGGGUUGUUUCCCAUCCUGAUUUGGUGUACUGGCAAGGUCUUGACUCUCUUUGUGCACCAUUUCUGUACCUGAAUUUUAACAAUGAAGCUCUGGCUUAUGCCUGCAUGUCUGCUUUUAUCCCCAAGUAUUUGUAUAACUUCUUUCUGAAGGAUAAUUCUCAUGUUAUUCAAGAAUACCUGACGGUGUUUUCCCAGAUGAUUGCAUUCCAUGAUCCAGAGCUGAGUAACCACCUUAAUGAAAUCGGUUUUAUUCCAGAUCUGUAUGCUAUUCCUUGGUUUCUUACAAUGUUCACACAUGUCUUUCCUUUGCACAAAAUCUUUCACUUGUGGGAUACAUUGCUGCUUGGAAAUUCCUCCUUCCCAUUCUGUAUUGGAGUUGCAAUACUUCAACAACUGAGGGAUCGUCUUCUGGCUAAUGGAUUCAAUGAAUGCAUUCUCCUUUUUUCAGACUUGCCAGAGAUUGACAUUGAGCGUUGUGUUCGUGAAUCAAUCAACCUGUUUCGCUGGACCCCAAAGAGUGCAACAUACAGGCAAUAUGCACAGCCUCCACGGCAAGCCAGUGAGAGCAAUGGCACAAAAAGUUCAGUGUCCUGCUUUUCAGCAGACUAUCAGGAAGCACCUCGAAGUGACCUAUCUAGGGAUUCCAUCAAGUUGGAUGACCUGAAGGCAGAGGUGUCACCACGAAUUUCAGCAGAAGAUCUGAUUGAUUUGUGUGAGUUGACAGGACCUAGUCAUUCCAAAACACCUAUAAAGAAAACAAAGUCUAGCAAGCCAAAGCUGCUGGUGGUGGACAUUCGUAACAGUGAAGACUUUAACCGUGGGCACAUUUCUGGCAGCAUCAAUGUUCCAUUUCCAUCAGCAUUUACUGCAGAAGGUGAUCUCAUCCAGUGCCCAGCAACUGCCACUCUCCAGAGCUUUAAAGGAAGAGUUGUGGUGAUUGUAGGAAACGUAGUGAAGAACACAGCUGCUUUUGCAGCUCAUCUAGUGAAAAAUAAAUACCCAAGGGUCUGCAUCCUAGAUGGAGGAAUCAACAAGAUCAAGCCAACUGGUCUCCUCACUGUUCCUUCUCCACAAAUUUAAGUGACUGUAAAUAUUCAGGACAAUCUGUCUGAAUAGGAAGUCUUACCAUAGAACAUGGAUAUGGAUAUUCCAAAUCAAAGGGCAUUAUGGUGUCUUCACAAGCUAUCCUGAUGAUCAAUGUCUUAUCAUGAAGAUCUAGAGCACAGGAGCUUUGCAUUUAUUCUUUAACAUAGAGCUUCAGUUGGAACAGAUAAAAACUGUGAGGUUUCCAAGUUCUCCAAGAAACCUCUUUCAGCAUUGAUAUAGUGCACAACUGGUUGAGCAACAAGAAGAGUAACUCAUUGGGUAUCUUAUAACUAUUUCUGCAGAACAAACUCAACAGGCACUUGAUGGCUCUAAGCUACACUUAAAUAGAUUAUUUUUCAAAAGUAUUGUACUGUGAAUAUUGACAGUUACAAGCUGAAACUGUACCCUGUGUAUAUCCUGUGAAAAAGUGUGUUCUCUAAUAUUUGAAAGAGUAAUUGCUGUAUCUUGUGACCUAAUUUCUUUUUGAGAAAGCGUUUUUUCAUCUGGAUUGGAAAUAAAGAUGUGUCCCAGACUGGAAGUUACCAUAAGAGCUGCUGCUGACUCAAUCCAACCUGUAUCAUAUCCUGAGGAAGUGGAGAAAGCCUACUCCUCUCUGGAGAUUUUAACAUUCUCUUUCCUUAAACAUGUCAAACACAACAAUUUCUGAAACAAUUAUAUUUACCAGCAAGGAAGGAUUUUGACAAUAUUGUGUCUUCUGAUGAUAGAUUGGUUAUAUAAUAGUGAUUUUCCAUUUUAAAAGCUCAUGCCUUAAAAAGAAACAAUGCAAUUUUAAUUUGCAUAUGAGAACAUUCUAAAAUAACCACUCUUGAGUUGGAGUUGCACAGUUGUCUUUGGUUCUAUACUCUUUCAGCUAGUGGUGUCAUUUUUUUUUUAAGUCCUGUUUCUUAAACACGAACUUUAAAACUGACAGAUAGAGACCUCGCAGAUUGAUACAGCAAACCUGUUUCAGAACUAAACUGGAUGCGAGUGAUGUAGAUCAGUGGCUUCCACAAAGGGUAUAAGGUGACUGCGCACUAUAGAUGUGGAAAUUACUUUACAAUAAGAAGCCAAAAGUAUCAAAAGCACCAACAGAAACAGAAAUUGGUAUCUCUCUGUUGCUGAGAAGCUAAAAAUAAAUUUCAUUCAGACAAGUACCACCUUUCAGGAGAUGUGAACAAGUCCCCACCCAAAUUUCUCCCCCUCAAAAUCCUAGGUUAGCUUUGCUAGCAUGUCAGGUCCAUUAUUCUAAAAAUAAUGGGGGGGGGAGGCUAGGAAAAUAAAAGAAUCUGUCUUCAAUAAUGCUACUUGAAAAUAGUACCUUUAAUCCAGGAAAACCAGUUGUGAUAAUGUAAGACUUACAGUAUAGCUUUGAAAUUAAAUGGGAUUUUAGAAGAAUUAAUUUAGAAGACAAGAAACUUCUAGAUUUCUCUUUCUACAUUUUUAAAGUUUAAAAAACACUGGUGUGACUUGAGGCUUAAUAAUCACUGAAGUGUGAGGCUGAAAAUGUAUUUUGUAAAAUGAACAAAAUGACACCAAAGAUCUGUUUGCCUGGUUACAAUUGCAUAUUGGCUUGCAUUGUGAAUUUGACACGAUGCUCUUUAUAAGAGCAUUGUCUGGGCCACAGCAGUUUACACAAUGACAGCUCACUGUUAGGGUAAUGAGGAUUUGCUCUGCAUAUAGUUAUCAAAUGCCUUAGCUGAGGAUUUUAUAUCAUGAAUAGUUUUUAGUCUGGGAAGCAGAAAUUUGCAGCAGCUAUCUUUAUUUCAUUUUUCUUCUGCCACAAAAGAUUUCCAAAACUGAGACAGUUGAGGGGGUGGGGUGGUCACUGAGAAGGCAGUGAACAGUCUUUAUAAAUCCCAGGCAAAAUUAUUACUUUUUUGUGGGUUUUUUAGUGGUGGUGGUAGGUUUUGUUUUUGUUGUUUUAGGAGGUUUGUUUGAACUGAAACCCUAGAAGAUGGGACUUUGUGGAAGGCACUGAAAGAGGAAGGCUUUGUUCUUUCUGUGCAAUGAACAGAUUUUAUCCUGAAUCUUCAGAAGCUGAUCUCAAGCGCUGUGUGAUGUCUCCUGAGAGGUUUAGUCUUGCCCCAGCUGUGGUUUUGAAAACCCUAUUGGAAAAGUAUGAUGGGUGAAAAGAAUAUGGGGGAAGAAAGUCACAUUUUAGCUCCCUUUAUCUCAGCUGUGAUUUAUCUAAAAAAACCCCUGUGGAAUUACAACAUGCUGAGAUAGAUAUAUGUAUGGGCUUUCUUUGGUCUAAGGACAGCAUAACAUAGCAAAGCUUUCAAGAAGUUUUUGACUAAAAAUUCAAGAUGCCUGGCAGAGUGACUGAGAAAGGGAUCAGAAAUGAAGCAUAGGGACAGAUCAUCCGUUUCCUCUGUUAGCAGAGGGUUUCUACAGCAAUCUCUGGUGAGGCCCAAGGUGCUCAGCUGACUUUAAAAAUAACUUGGAACUGAAGAGGAGCAGUGAGGUUAAUAACGGUUUUCCUGAUACUACAAAAUCAUCCACUGUCAUCAAAGUUUUGCCUAGCUGCAUGGAGAAUGAGAAAGACCUUGUGCUACUUGGUGUCAGAGGGAUUCACUAUGAAAGGGGGUCCUGAGGAACAACAG